AUGGCAUCUGGAGAACGUGGCUUUGUCAGGGAGUUGGUCCUGAGCUCUCAACAGCUACAGAGCGAUUCUGUUACUCAGGUCGUGAACCUGUGGUUUACUCACUUUUAUGUGGUUUCUGUGCUCUGGAACGGCUUUCUGCUGAUCUUGCUUUUCCGAGCCGAGUUCCUCGGAGGGUCGCUCCCAUCAUGGAUCCAGCACGUGCACCGUGCGCUUGGCAGAGAGUCUCAGAGCGAGGACACUGAUAGCGAGCGCUUCUCUGCGCUCCUGGUUCUCCUGCUGCUUUGGCUGCAUAGCUGUCGAAGACUUGCAGAAUGCUUCUGGACCAGCGUGUUUUCCAACGGCGUCAUUCAUAUCGUGCAGUAUGGCUUUGGCCUUGCUUACUACGUUGCCGUUGGCUCAACCGUGCUAUGUCAAGUGCCUGCUAACGUCAGGAGAGGAAAAGAGCUUUCCAUGCAGAUCUCCUGGUAUCACAUUGUUGGAGUUGUGAUGUACAUUUGGGCCUCUCAUCACCAGCACAGGUGUCUCGUGAUUCUAGCUAACCUUAGAAAAAGUAAAUCAGGAAAGGUCGUAAGUCUGAGCCACAGCGUACCUUUCGGAGACUGGUUUGAGGGAGUUUCUUGCCCUCAUUAUUUUGCAGAGCUCCUCAUAUACGUGUCUUUGGCCGUCACGCUUGGAUUUCACAACGUGACGUGGUGGUGUGUAGUGAUGUAUGUUCUUUUUAACCAGGCACUGGCUGCGGUUUUGUGUCACGAGUUCUAUCAGAAAAACUUCAGCUCCUACCCAAAGCAUCGAAAAGCAUUUAUACCAUUUGUUUUUUAG